CGGAGGGCUACGGUACAGUUGUCUUUUCCAACAGCCAACAGCACCUCCUCAACAUGAAAACCUUCUUUGUUUGCCUUGUCGUCGUAGCCGCCGCAAUGGCCGCUGAGCAGAGGGACAAGAGAGGACUGCUGGCCCCAGCCGUCGCCGCCCCCUUGGCAGUUCCUUACGCCGCCCCCUACGCCGCCCCAUACGCCGCCCACGUCGCCGCCCCAGCCCUCGUCGCCCCUAGGGUAGCCUACGCCGCUCCCGCCUAUGCUGCCCCAGCCUACGCCGCACCCGCCUACGCUGCCCCAGCCCUCGCCGCACCACUUCAUGCUCCUCUCCUCUCCAAGACCAUCGUCUCCCCAUAUGCUGCUCACGCCCCACUCGUCUGGUAAAUAGCCACCUUCUCCUUCUAAAACAAGAUUAAUACUUCCCAAGAUACCAACCUGUGAUUUAAUAAAUAAACCAUCCUUUAAAUCAAAUACCCAGUAAUAGUCUUACAAUCAAAUAAAUUAUUAUAUUC